AUGGGCUCGUUUGCUGGUAAUUACACACAAGUGGCUGAGGUGCUCCAACCGGAUGAUCCAUUUUUCGGACCCGUGAAAUCCAUUGCGCCGUGGACCUUUAAAGUGUUGGCAGGAUGGAUGGCUGUGAUCACGGCGAUGUCUCUGUCUGAAAACUUUCUGGUCAUUCUGGUUACUUACAAGUUUAAGCAACUCAGACAGCCGUUAAACUUUGUCAUAGUUAAUUUGGCAGUUGCAGACUUUUUCAUGUCACUGAUCGGUGGCACUUUAAGCGUUGUCACGAAUCACCGCGGGUAUUUCUUCUUGGGGUCCUGGGCUUGCGUGCUCGAGGGAUUUGCUGUCACUUUUUUCGGUAUAGUGGGUAUGUGGUCCCUGUCUACUCUUGCAUUCGAGAGAUACUUUGUGAUCUGUCGUCCUCUGGGAAACGUUCGUCUGCGGGUUAAACAUGCAGCACUGGGACUGCUGUUUGUCUGGAUCUUCUCUUUUAUCUGGACCAUUUUACCUGUACUGGGCUGGAGCAGUUACACAGUUAGCAAGAUUGGCACCACAUGUGAACCCAACUGGUACUCUGGUGACCCUCAUGACCACACAUUCAUUAUCACUUUCUUUCUUACCUGUUUCAUCCUGCCUCUGGCUGUCAUCAUUGUGUGCUACAGCAAGCUUCUGCGUAAGCUGAGAAAGGUGUCCAACUCUCAUGGCAGGUUGGUAAAUGCCCGGAAGCCUGACCGGCAGGUGUCUCGUAUGGUGGUGGUGAUGAUUAUAGCCUUUAUGGUGGCCUGGACACCAUACGCUGUGUUCUCUGUUAUUGUCACUAUUCAUCCAACCAUCUACUUGGACCCUAUACUGGCUGCUAUUCCAGCUUUCUUUGCAAAAACUGCAGCCGUCUACAACCCCAUCAUCUACGUCUUUAUGAACAAACAGUUUAGGAAGUGCCUGAUUCAGCUGCUCAGCUGCAGCGGCAACUCCACAGUGGAAGUGAACCAACACAUGGAUGAAGCAGGCAUGACCGGUGAGAGCAACACUGGCGAGAUGUCAGCCAUAGCUGCCCGAAUCCCUGCUGCUAGCACUACUACACCCAAUACUAACGAGCAACACAGCAACUCCUGCGUCUACAGCCAGCUGCCCAUCCCAGAAAACAAAGUCUGCCCUAUGUAACUGAGCUUAAUUCACAAUAAGGAGACUUUUCCCACCAAAAUAACAGGAUUCAGAGUGUAUCACCUUUAAGGCUUUAAAACCUGUUGGCCAAUGUGCAGCAACAUCUUUAACAAGGCCAAUACACUUUGGAUAGCAAUAGCUCGAUUUAGCAAUAGGCAUUAAGGCUGUAUACUAUUUAUUUUACCUUUAAGCAUUGCCCAUGAUAUGAUAUCAUUCCAGUUUUUUCCCCCUACAAAAUUCAUAACAUGUGCAUUAUGCAGAUUAUGCACAUAUGCAGCUACUAUCUGAUGAAUUAUGUUGAACACUUACAAUCAUGCGGCCAGUACUACUACCAUGUUAAGCGUCCUUAAGAUAAUAUGUAAGUAGUGACCUUGUUUGUCUGUGUCUCAUUAUGGUCUGACUAUUAGCAGUAUUAGAGAUGAAGUCAAGGAGUGGCAUAGAUUUCAAUAAAACAAUAAAUGUUAAAAUUUUCUCAUAUCAUUUAUAUGACAAGGUCACAUAACAUUACUAACUACUGUACCUACCUCCAACCACUCAGCAUCAUGAUCCACUUUGUAAAUUGUGCAUGAAUCUAUUUUGUAAAAUUGUAAAACAAAUAUGCACUUGGAUUACAGUUUAUAAG